ACUUGUCAUGCAGAGCUUAAGGAGCAGUGCACUUUAAGGAGAUCCACUUUGGUGUCACAGAUUCACUGAGAGUCCAUCAAGCCUGGUGUGGUUUUGCUCCUUCAGCCAGGUGAGAGGAAGAUGACCCAUGUAACGAAGUCAACAACAGCUGGUGAUACAACUGUGGACAGCAGCCCAGCCGGAGUGAUCUCAGAGGACCUUCAUGAGGGAUUGAGUAUUUUAAUUCCACAAUCAUCCCCCACCAGCUACAAACAGAGGAGUGAGGAGUUCAAGAAGACUUUUAAAGAGGUCUCUGAGUCAGAAAGACUCAUCGUAGAAUACACCUGUGCUCUGCAAAAAGAAAUAUUACUUCAAGGACGUUUAUUUCUCACAGAGAACUGGAUCUGUUUCCACAGUAAUGUAUUUUGGGGAACUAAGAUUACGGUGAAUAUGAAAGAUAUUACGUCUAUGUCGAGGGAGAAGACAGCUCGACUGAUACCAAACGCCAUUCAGAUCGUUCAGUCCAAUGCAGAAAAGCUCUUCUUUACAUCUUUUGCUGCAAGGGAGAAAAGUUACCAGAGCAUUUUUCGUCUAUGGCAAAAUUUUCUAUUAGAGAAGCAAUUGACCAGUCAAGAGCUGUGGCAGAUGGUCAAACAGCAUUAUGGCAAUGACUUGGGGUUGAGCCAGGAAGAGAUGGAAAGUAUGCAGAUGAUGGUAGACACAGUUGCACAUAACCAGCCCAGCUUGAACAUGAAAGCAGACGACCACGCAGUAAAACUGGAGAGACCUUCCUCUCUGCGACUUCCUCAGAUCGAGCAGACGUCACUUGAGACCUCGACACCGCAGGGAGAUGACACACAGUCGUCCCUCGGACUGCAGAGCAUGCUGUCUCCGAACAGGGAUGAUGUGCGGAGCACGCCGUCUCAGCCACGGAGUCCUAAUCUGUCCCUGGACCGCUUCAGCAAUGAACGAGCGUCCAAGCACUCUUCUCUGUCCUUGGAUCUGAAUGCCAAUGAGGGCCGACUCUCAGAUAAUAGUCUGUCUGAUAGCAUGGAGGAAGAGCGAGAUUAUCUGUCUCAGGCAUCUCAGGGAAGGCUGUACAUGAACAGGGUUUUUCGUUUCAGCGCUGAGAAAAUGUUUGAGCUGCUUUUCACCGAUUCAUAUUUUGCCCGGCGUUUUAUGACUGACAGGAAGAUCACUGGUGCAACCUCUACGUCUUGGCAAAGGGACGCCUCUGGCUCUAUGAAGAGAAGUUUAAAUUACACCAUCACUAUCAACAACCCGUUAGUGGGGAAGUUUUCCACUGCAACAGAAAACCAGACUUUAUAUAAGGAAUCGAGGGAGGGUCAGUACUACUUGGUGGAUUCAGAAGUCUACACUCAUGACGUCCCAUAUCACGACUACUUCUACACUCUGAAUCGCUACUGCAUCAUACGCAACUCGAAGCACAAGUGUAGACUUCGGAUUUACACUGAUGUAAAGUACAAGAAGCAGCCAUGGGGAUUUGUGAAGUCUUUUAUCACCAAAAAUUCUUGGAGUGGACUGGAGGACUACUUUAGGCACCUUGAGGCGGAACUUCUUGAGGAGGAGGCAGAAUUGACUCAAGGGUCCGGAGACGUAGGGAAAGGCGGCUUGCGGAGGAGGCGGAGGACCUACAGUCGCACCUUGCAGGAGCACAAGAGACCCAGCAGGCAGUACAGUGUAGAUCCCGAGCAGCAAAGAGAAAGCUCCAUUGGUGCAGCAGACACACAGAACAAACAAAAGUGGAACAUUACAUCCAUUAUAGUCGGAAUGAGCUUAAUACUGUUGAUUCUGACCAUACUGAAUCUGGGACUGUUCUUCAAGCUGUGGGCCAUGGAGGACGUGGCACACCGUAUGUAUCUAAGCACAAAGCAGCGCAUGAGGGAAAGAGCCGAGGGCAGUCUGGCACCUGACCUGGGCCCUCGACAGACAGCAUUCCACAGGAGUCAGGAGGAGUCCCGCCUACUGAGGGCUGUGCUACAGGACUCCAUCAAUUUGCUAGAGCAGUUACGCAACUCUCUCGUGGUGCUUCAACAGAACUUCCAGGGGUCCAAUAAGACCGCCACUCAGCUAUGACAUGCUACCUUGUGACCCACAGAGUGCAUGGGAAUUUGGCCCACAAGGCUUAGCCCAUAUCAGGGGACGUUGGCAUAGGCAACGGUUUCCUCGGGUGUUACUACCUCAGGCCUUCUGUGCUGUGGAUAUUUUUGAGCCAUGUGCAGGUGUGUAGGGAUUUGUGGUAUCACAGGGAGCGAUGCAGGUCCAUCGCUCCUGCAGAUUGAGAGCUCAGGGUACAUUUAAAUUCACAGGUGUUGCCUUUACCCUUCUGAUUGUAGCAUAAAUGCUUGCAGUCAUCUACCUUAAUUAUUGAAUGUAUCCUGGUUCUGUCUGAUUUGCACAGGAGUUGUUAACGCCUUUGUUUAUAAACUCUCUGUAGGGCUGUGUGAGUGAGUGAGGGAAUGGGUGUGUGAGUGAGGGAAUGGGUGUGUGAGGUAGUGAUUGUGUGUGUGAGGGUGUGUGUGUGAAGGAGGGUGUGGGUGUGUGUGUGAGAGGGUGAAGGUGUGUGGUUGUGUGAGUGUGAGGUUUUGUGUGUGAGAAUAAUGACCAUUCCGUUAUCCAAGGCAUGACCUAGCGUAUUUUUACCAUGUUGGUAAAUCUUCUAAUGAUUAAAAUGAAAAAAUUGUUUCUAGAAAUAUUUGCACCUCUGAACUGUUAAUUGAUAUUCUGCCUGGUUGUAUACGACACACUACAGAUGGAGGCAGAAUACAGAUUUUUAAUUUCCAUAAUCUGCAGUGGUGUUUUUAUUUUUUUUUUUUAAAUAAAUGUUCUGGUAUAUUUUAUGUUCCUCUGGAGAAAUAUGUGUAACACAAAUUUAUAAAUAAUGUAGACUGGGUGUAUAUAAUUGUAGUUGAUUUUAUAAAUACAUUUUUAGCUGUAAGUUGUUUACACUACAUUUUGAUGUCAUUUUAAUUGUACAGAAGGUUAGACAGACACAAAUAGUAGUAAUACCGUUUGCACACAAAUUCUCUGAAGAUGGUAGAUUUGAAAUAAUGUUGUGGUCAUUUUUUUUUUUAUUUAAAUGAAAUGAAUGUCUAAGCUAAAUCUUGUAAAUUUAUCCUCAGGAAUUAUUUUUUCUCCUAUAUGGAAACAAAUUGUGUGAUGUCUAUUUAUGCCUUUAAAUAAAAGCCCCAUAUGUGGUGAUUUUGUGAUUAUAA